GCGGAUUCACGUGAGUAAACUAGACCAACAGCAUCUCUCUAACAGCACGGAAUGAGGAACGUUGUUUUCACAAAAUUCGGUGUUGUCAAGCAAACUAACGCGAGAAGAUGAAAUUGCUGCCAAAAUAUUAAUAGUCGACAAGUGUUGUAUAAACCUAAUAUUUAUUGUUUCUACCAGAUUUAUAUAACAUCGACGUCUGUUACCGUUUUAAUUUUAAAUUCAUCGCUAUGGAAUUAUGUGAGGUCAGUACUCCUUACUUCUCUCAGUGGGUUCAAAGUUCACUAGAGAGCAGAAAAUUGUACAGAGAGGACUCUAGAACGUCAAAAACAUCAAGAAGGGCCUCAAGGACUUCUCGAUCUUCCACUUCUUCUAUUGGUCCAUACUAUAAUAAGGGCAAAUAUUCAGAAGAUGAGUUUAAGGAAACCCUGCAGAAAUGGCUAGAAUAUCCAGAGCAUGAUGAGACUGACAAAUUGAAGAAGCUAAUAAGACAAGGUGUUCUACUGCAGCUUAGGCCUCAACUUUGGAAAGAUGCAAGUGGCGGAGCAGAUAUAAUUCUAAACUCUCCUCAUUAUUAUGAAGAAAUGAUUGAUGAUAUGGGUAAGAUUGACAUUAUUUCUGUAACUAACCCAUCCUGGGUGUAUGAGGGCCUUCUUAAAUCUUCUUCUUGUGCAUGGUGAAGCUACAAUCCAAGCCAUAUCUCCAUCUGCAUCAAAAUGUUCAAAACUCUGAAGUAAAAUUACCCACCUGUGGUUCCUAGUUCCACUUGCCAAUAUUAAACCACCCCAUUCCUCACACUCAAAUAUCAACCAAGUGGGUAUGGCUCAGGACAUUAUAAGUAGUCUUACUUGAAUUACAGAUCAUCAACAGCUGUUCCCCUGACUAUAAUGGCAAAAAGGUAUUAUUUUUGUCAGUGAUGAAAUACGUGCAAUUAUGCCACCAGAGACCAUACUAUGAACUUUAAAAUCAAAACCAUUUUUCACCGUAAGAAAUCCCAACUUAACAAAUGUCUAAGGGAAUGGACAAUUUUGGAAUUGCCAGAGCUGUAAUCAGGCCAAACAAGUUUGCCUGUAAGGGAAAAGUAUAUUUUGAAAUAUUCACAAAGUUGUUUCAACAGAUACUUAAUUACAGAGUGGCAAUAAUAUUAUUGGAGAGAGGCAUCUUUUCCAUGAUAACAUGAAGUUUGUUACAAUUUCUCCUUAGGUAUUCAAGUACCAUCCAGUAUACCUUCAACAAUUUUCAAUGGCAAAAGAAAUGUCCCAACAUACCAUUUGUCGUCAGAUGGGGAAAAAACCUGUUUAAAAAUCCUGUAUAUUCUGUCUCACAUGCACCCUGAUGUCCAGUUUGCUCCUUUAGUACCUCCUCUGACAUCACUUUUUCUUCAUUUCAUGGAUGAAAAUCUGUGUUAUGCAUGCAUGUCUGCCCUGGUGAAUUCCAGGAGAUCUAUGUUGGAUCAAAGCCAAAGGGCAUAUGCAGUGAUGGCUAAGACAUUCCAAGACUCCUUGAAGUCCUAUUUUGUAAGUUAAAUUGUCUUUCUCCUUUUACUUUAGUUUUCUACUGUUUGGAGAGUUUUACCAUUUCACUUUCAAUAUCAAACAUUGGAAAUUUGUAGAGCAAACUGGAAAUUAAUAUUAUGUGAUACUCUUAUAAUAUGUAACGUAAAGUUGAACAAAAUAUCGUAUGAUUAUAAACUAGUAUUAUAAAAUAUUUACCAAUAAGUAUUACAUUGUAAAAAUAAUAAAAUGAUUAACUUUCCUGUAAUAAACUCAGUUUCUUAAGAUGUGGAUGUGCAAGGUGUUUCUGAAUUUUUAGUUAAAAUGUUGUCAUUUUAAAGAAGCUGGUUUAAUAUGUUAAGAGCCAAUGUUAAUACCAUGGUGUGUGUGUGUGUUUACCUUUUAAUUGCAGAUGGCAUCUUACAAACAGCUUAAAGAGUUCAGUGAGACAGAGGAGAAAAUUCCUAAAAAUACCAUUCUCAUUCCUGACUGGCUAAUGUGGAUGUUUCAUUACAUUGAUUUUUGGACUUUGGUGAGUAGGAGUGAACAAGGCUCUUACAGUCAAUGAUUAAUGUCAUUAGCAGACAAGGCUUAGAGUUAUUUGGGUGAAUGUAGUCUUGUGUGGGUGGAUCAUUGAUUUCUUGUUUCCAUAUAUAACUGUUCAAGUUUUAGAUUCUGCUUAGUCCUGUCCCUUCAGACAGCUAUGUAUCUUAAAUUACUACAACUAAAUAAUACUGAUUAUACUUGGCUUUAGCUGAAUUUAUUCAUUGUUCCUUUUAAUAAUAAUUAUUACUUUGUAUUAUUUUUCAGGUUUAUGUUGUAGACAGCUUUCUUGUUCAAGGUCCUAAAGUUCUUAUACGUGUUGGGUUGAUUGUCUUCAGCCAGUUUGCAAAGUUCAUUGACAAAGAAGGUAUUGGAUGUCACAGCUAGGAUUAAAUCAUUUAGCAUUUCUAUGGUCUAGUUCUCAAUUUUUUGCAAAAAGGUUGAAACUUUCUGAGAAACAGCAUUAUACAGUUAACUUCUAUUACGGUAACCUGAGAUCAGGCAUCUAUUUUUUUUUUUUUUUUUGCUUCUUUGGCUCGAGAGGGAAAAAAAAUAACGCCUGAUACAUUUAUUUAACAAGCAGUCAACCGCCCCCAAAUUUACAUAAUCUAACGUUUGCUUGACCUGUCAUGUUUUUAGCCAAUAAGCGUUUACCAAACGGGAAUCAAAUUUUGGCGCGAAUAAUGUCUCUUUUGAAAUCAGUUUUAGGGAAAAAAAUUUUUUAAGUACGUUCGUGUUCAGAUGGCGCUUCGUAAAAAAAAAAAUUAAUGCGUUGUUUUUGUGAUGAAAUAUGCUGCUAGCUGGAGCUGUCGUACCUUUAUGAAUAGCUACAAAUAAUAAAGAAUUUACUGGUUAAAGCUCGUUGACUUCGUUCUGUACCGAAAGCAGUGGAAAAAAAAUUAGGCUGAAGCACCAUAUUUCACGAACUGAAAGGUGUUGUGAAAGCGAAGAUCGCUCAGAAUAAUUCGCAGCAUGAUUUCUGAAGGAGGAAUUACAGUCAAACCAGGUCAAGAUUCCAUUCAUGAAUUGAUUAUUUUAAAAGUGAACCCGUUUGUCGCUUCUGUAACUUGUAGCCGGUAUCAAAUUGCAUUCAAAUGAUCGGUGAAGUUUUGACUGCAACUGUUUUGGUAUACGAUGAGAUGGUAAAUAUUUCAAUGGAUGAAACUUCUAUUUAGGCAUUCUUCAAAUUCAAGAAAACUGAGCGGGCAGAAAUUUCAUAACGAACUCGCGUGUGUAUUCACUGCUUAUUACGCAAGCAAAAAUGCAGACUGAAAUCAACAACAACUAACGGAUGGCGUCAUUUUGGCCAAUCGGAACAGCGCAAAUCAUCCGCAUUGUUUCCUUUCCAAUCAGAAGAAAGUCCAGAUUCUGGCAUUUUUACAUGUGAUCCGACAAGGAAAUGUAUCAUGCCCUCUUCCCAUGAGAGACAUAAAGGGAUAAUAGGGAGAGGGCAUGAUCUCAGGCUACUAUUACAGCAGACAGCCUGCCAGGGGAUGAAAAUUUAGUGUUCUUAAUAUCAAGAUCCAUAAUACAGUAUACCGGUAACUGUAUGAGGAAAAAAUCUGUAGAAAAUAUUUAACAUAUUUGCAUUGUAAAGAUAACGUGAACUGAUCUCAUAAUCAAUUUUGGAUGAUGUACAACAGUAGAAUAAGUAAUGUAACUAAAAAAGAUAACAGCAAACUGCAGAUGAAAGUCUGUCUGAAGAUGCUACUUUUUGUCUGUUAGAACAAGAGUUAGAACAUUGCAUUUAUAACCUAGAAAGUGUUCACUAGUACAUAAUAUUGAGAGAUGGUACUUGCAGAGGCUUACUUUAGUCAAACAUCUGAAAUUUUUGCUGGUGAUUCAGCUACUGUCCAGAUAUAUUAGUGGAAUGAUCAUCAGAGAUUAAGCAAGGUGUUCAUAGUUUUCUUUGGAAUUCAUCUAACCCCACCCUUCCCUCCUCACCCCACUUUUUUCCUAAAUUCACUGAAUAAUGUGUAAGAUCUUAAAUGUGACAAAAAUGCAGCCUAAGUAAUAAGACUUUGCGAAAGAGUCAACCUGAAGGAUAUGAGGCCAUAAUAAAAUCCUCUAAGCUCUUAAUCUUAAGUUAGAUUCCUAGUUCAAUAAAGGAUAACAUUUUUUUGCAGCGGAAACAUCUGAGAACAACAAUUUAGAAGAUCUAUUCAAAGAGUUUGCUGCACUAAUGCCCCUGAGGGGCUACAAGCUUCUUCAGGUAAAUCACACCAUUGUGUCCUCGCAUUUGUAACUUUUUUUGGUUUAUAGAUCAAUUUCCAUAUUUAAAAUUCUCAAUUGGCUUGAGGACUUGGGGGAACAAAACAAAAGAAAUCACAUUGAGGUUUAGAUUAAUAAUACAUUUCUUUUGUUUUAUUUCCCUCAAGCUUUGGAGCCAAAAAUGAAUUUUGUGGGUUGAAAUUGGACUGUUAAUAUUAUUUAUGAGUCUGUAUAUUACUAAGUUUUUUUAAAUUUUAGUUUUGUUUGUUUGUUUACAAUAGUAAAUAAUUGUCAAUGAAAUUAUAGCGUUUUGUUUCUUGCCAUAAAAAUUUAUAAAAGGUGUCAAAGUUUUUGACAAGUUCAAUCUACAUAUUUUUGAAAACCCUCUGAUGGAUUCACUUCUAACUGCAUGACAUCAAACAUGCAAGGAGUAAAGGAAAAUUGGUCACGGCUUUCAAGUCUGUAAACCAGAAUGUGAAUCCUGGCAUGGUUUCACCUUUUAACCUCUAUCAAAGAAUGACCUGUCAUCAUCUACAUAAUUUCUCCUUAUUUUAUAACUGUUUAAUCAAACACAAAAGGUAUGAUCACCGAAGAUAAAACAUCCAAAACAGAUUCUCUAUGUUUGUGGCAAAAGAAAUCAAUAUACAACAGUAUGCAUUUUGAUACAAAAUGUGCCAGGGAUUUAAGUUUAAAGUAACCCUUCAUGUGACCAGUCAUUCAAAUACCAGUGAAAAGCCAAACAGGUUUUUCCAAAAAUAAUGUCCAAACAGUAUUCACACUCAAAGAAAAUUUUGUAAGUCAAAAGUAAAAACCAAGCAUUUAAUAAGAGUACUAAAAAAUUUUCAUGAGGUAGAGGAAAAUCUCUUGAUCGCUUGUUAAUUUUUUGUUUUCUUAUAUUUUCAGACAGCUUUUAGGAUUAGAGGCCUUUCAAGGAAGCGACUGGAAAAACUUAAGAGUAACAAUAUUUCUUUACUAGAAAAUGGAAUGUUGAACAUUCCACAACAAGGAUGGAAUUCUCUGCACCUGCUCACCCUGUUUACUGUCAAAGGUUCCAACUUGCUGACGAAGCAAGAGGUUGGUAAUUUAAAACCUUUUAGCAUCAGUAGGAAUCACGAAUAUUGAGAGGGUCCCCUGUGAAACUGAUUCUUUGGGAUCCAGGAUUUGGUUUUGUUGAGGGCAGGGGCAAGGACUCUUGGUUUUAAAGGAAAAGUAAGCAACAUUCGGGACUUUAACAUUACUAUGAACAGGAUGUGGGAUUUAGUGUUUCUAUGAUGCUGGAUUCAGGAAAUAAAUGCAGUUAAGGGCAAUAUCCACAUAGGAAAGUGAGUUAUAUUUUCUUUUAUGCUGCAAAAAUCUGUGCAUUUUCACUCAAAAAUGCCCACAACAACCUGUAAAGAGCUUGUUUUACCACCUUUUUUAUCCCACUAUCUGUCGCUGGUUAUACUUAGAUGAGGGAAUCUGGAAGCUUUGUAAGGCCCUUUGAACGUAUGUUCAGGACCAGUAUUAGCCAAUAAAAACUGAUGAAAUAACAGGAUUGAGGGAAAAUUAAUUUUGGUUGGGAUGAUGAGAUUGAAGAACCCUACCAGGGAACUCUGUUGAGAUCACCUCUAAAAAGUGUUUGUCCUUCAGGCCAGCAAAGACCAUCUCUAUGUUUCCAUUUUAUGGAGGUGUUCAUCUUAUAGUUGGGUAUUCAGUGACAGUUGACUAUAUUGCCACAGAAGAUGCUGAAACUCUGUCGAUCGAAGAUCCAGUCAGAACUUAAAGCUAUGCGAGUGCAGCUUGUGUCAAGUGUCAUAAACAAGUUGCUUUCAGAUGUGGGACAAAAUAUCAGCUUUUUAAUCCUUUAUGGCAUCCAAAGCACCUUGGCAAACUCAGCUGACAAAAUUGCAGUUUUGUGUUUAAGUUGGCCAGCGCUGUGUUUGAUUUAGGAGGCACUUUCCUAGGGAGAGCUGACUGGUUAUACAUGUGUGUGAGUGUUUUUAUCCAAUACUUUCAAUUUUUAGUGGGAGUUAUUAUCUUCAUGGUUACCUGACAGACUUCGCAUCAGAAAGCCUGUUUGCUUGUUUACAACAGACAGUGAUGGAUGCAGGUAUUUAUUUUUCUCAAACCAAUUCUUACUUUUAUCUUGGAAACAAUUCAUUUAUAAUUUUUUAUGAUUCCUCAAAAUGCACAAGGGAAGUACAGCCUGACUCUCUCUCCCUGGAUAUUGUAUGCUUCUCCUUCAAUUUGCAAAUUCCUGUCUAUCCGAUUUAUAUGGUAGCUAUACCAGACUUAUCCUUCUGUUGUGCAUUUUUAACAUAAACUUCUGUCUCAGAUAAAAAUAAUAAAUAAAUAAUAAACUGAUUGAUUGAUUGAUUGAUUGAUUGGUUAACCAUUAUUCACUUUAUGGGAUGAUAGGUUAAAAUAUUAUAUUAGUCUUUUCCUUCAUUCAGCUCCAGUGAGCACCCACAAUGAAAUAAGAUAGAGGCUUGCGUUCAUUGUCAGUUUCAUGCAAAUAAGUUUAACUGUUUUACUGCUUUUCAUCAAUCCUAGCUUCAAGUUGGUGCUUUUUUACAGGAAUGUGAUAAAAGUCUGUUGGUAUUAGAAACUAAAAUGCCCAACAACUGAAGUGGGUCAAUUGGUCAAUGUAGCAAUUUAUUAUCAUACUCCAAGCUUUAACAUUACUUUCUUUACUUUAUCCAACUGCAUAUACUGCUUAACAGUACAGUUAAUAUAUUGUCAUUAACCUUGUAUUUCACUUUAGUGAAACGUAAACAUUUUCUUUCAUGUAUCAGUAUUCGAACUCUAUAUAACAAAUGUGAGGCUGAUGAUGAAACAAUACUUUUAGUCAAGUCCUCUGUUGGUGAGGUGAGCAAAUGUCAUGCAUCUGUUCAGUACUAAAAAACAGCCUCCUGUUAAGUUUUUAAUUCUCAGAAGAUUAAUAACAUUGAAACCAUAAUGACAUUUUGUGUUGUUUGUCAAGAAGGGCCAUUCAUUUUUUUUCCUCAGACCUUCCCAUCAAGAAAAAGAUGUUGAAAUUUGGGGUAUUUCUAGAAUGGGGUAUUAUUUUAAAGAGUUUUGUGUUAGUGAGGGUUCAGGGUUCAUUUUGGGUUGUUAUUUUUUUCCUCAGACCUACAGUAAUUAAAGUGGCUUAUAAGGGUGAUCUGAAUUGCGUAGCAUUUGAAAAAUAUAAUAUUGUUAGAUGUCAAAAUUUCCAUCAGUCCCUUUCCAAAAAGUAAACGUCAAGAAAAGAUAUUAAAAUUUGGGGUAUUAUUUUGAAGAGUUUCUUGUUAGUAAGGGUUCGGUGUACUGGUGUCCCUCCCCUGAAAUGCCAGUCAUUAUGCCUUAUUAUCCGCACUAUAGGUGACCAAACAACAUGGCAUAAACAAGUGCUGAGAUGUGAAAUUUGUCUUUGAGUGUUGAAAAAUAUUUCGCGAGUGAGCGCAGUGGACGAGUGAAAUAUUUUUUCAACAUGAGAAGAGAAAUUUCGUAUCUCCAAGCGGCCAUGUAAUGUUCUAUUUAUUAUAUAAACACCAAUGAAAUACCAAACCAUUUCACUUUAAUAGUUUUUUGGUGUGGAAGGCGUGAUUUAUUAUGAAGCCAUGGCAACGGUGAUAUUUUCACAUGUGAAGAUAACAUGUUAUUUUCAAAUGUGAAAAUAUCAAGUUUUCGUGCAAAAACUCACCUGGUAUUUCGUUGGUGUUCAUAUAAUAAUAAAUUUCGUUUAUCUCUAGCUAUGUAAGUUACAAAACAUUGAAGGCUUUCUACAAGGAAUGACAAAUUUUCAUCUUUCCUGACAACAGAUCAUUGGUGCCUUUGUGACCAUGAGCUGGAGUGAGCGAAACAGCGGACCCAAGACAUUGACUUAUUUUGGAACUGGAGAAAGCUUUGUUUUCCGACUGAGUCCCAGACCUAUCAGGUAUUUGUGGAGUGGACUACUGGAGGAUGGAUCCAAAACAACAGAUCUGUUUAUGGCUGGAGAUGAUAAAAGUCUCAUGGUGGGAGGAGGGUAUGUAAACAAAACCUAAACUUGACCAAUGCACUGUUCUGGUGUUAGACUGAUCAAUCUGGUGUAACCUGAGAUAACGUGGUCAUCAGUACCUAAGUCUUUAAAAUUAAUCAGCACCAAUGAAAACACUUCAUUCGAUCUGAAAAAUAGUUCAAAGAGUAAACCUUCUCUGCAUUGCAGCCAGGAAAGAUGGGAUGGUUUUCAAUUCCAUAGCAGUCAUUGGGUUUUGUUUUUGUUAGGGUUUGGUGUUUGUUGUUUUAAAAAUAAAAGUGCUUUGGUGAGUGUCAUAUUUGUUUCUUCAGUCAGUUUCUAGUAUUGCUGUGUUGGUCUAUUCACAAACUGAGGCACACCUUUUUUAUCAUUGUGCAGUAUGCAGUUUUCUGUUUUUAUCAAUUUCUAUUCCCCCUGUCCCCUUAUUAGAACAAGUCUCACCAGCAUUACCAAGCAUUGAAGUAAAAAUUUAAAUAAUGUUAAUGUUAAUUUAAAAUUUUAAAUGUUGGUGUAAAACUUCACAUAAUAUAAAAAUAUCGUGAACAUACCUACGUAGAAUGCAAACACACAAUGCAAGGCAAUAAUGCUAUGAAUAAAGAAAGUGUGAGAAAGGGUUCAUUGAAGUAAUUAUCGUCAUCAUUAUUGUUUUCAGUGGGGGUGAUCAUGCCAUUUGGUUGGACAAUGAACUAUGUCGAGGACACAGUGGUCCCGGUCAGACAUUUAAAAAUGAGCAGCUCACGGAGACUUCAGAUUUCCUGUGCACCAGAGUGGAGGUAUUAGGUUUUGUUGCAGAAAGCUGACUGAAGGCAAAGGAGACACAAUAUACAGAGUUAACAUUGGUGUGCCUGGAUAAACAAUGCACGGACCACCCUACUAUUGGCGUGGUGGAUGAUGUAAAACCCUGCUCCAUUGAACCAUGUUGGCAUACUUCCAUGGGCAAUAACUUUUAUUCAAGAUAAAUAAUAUUGUAAGUAAUAGUAUCAAAUUUGCGUUGUCAGCUGCUAAAGCACAAUUUGUACCUUGAUUGACUGAACCAUUUCACUUUCGACAUUUACGAGUUUGAACUUUUGUGUCUGUGGACAAAAUUCUAUUUAAUAGCUUAUUUUUGGAAUUGUGCAAGUUGUUUUUAAAUAUUUUAGAAAUGGAGUAGUGGAAUUUUUUAUACUAUCAAUUGGUCUUCCAAUGAAAAUUUAAAUCUAGUGGAACAUUACACCAGGUACAUUUUAAGCUGAUUUUUGCUGUUUAAUAGAAUCUGAAGCAAGUGUAAUAAGAUUGCUUGCCCCACAUUUUUAAGUUUUAUAUCAAAGUUAGCACUUUUCUUGAAAACGUUUCUGUUGACAAUAUCAAGCAAUAACCUCAUGUUUCUGUAAUCAUUGUUGUGGUUGUCAUUACAGAACAGUUUAACAAAAGUGAAUAUGACUACGCCAAGGAAUUCAGAAAUUUUCAAUUAAUCCGAAAUGUUGGAUGAAACUGUCUAUCAAUUUAGACAAAAUCGUAUAAAAAAGAAAAAAUAUAUCUUGCUAGACGAGCAGUAUUGAUGAAAGUCAUUAAUAUAUUGAUAGAUUAUGAUGAAAUUAAUAUAAAUAAAACGCUAAGAAUUUGCAUUGUACGAAUUUGCAGACUCUGCAGAAACUGAACAUUUUGCUUAAAAAAUUCAGACAUUGAUAGAGGAUAGAGCAAAAAGAGUGGCAAAUAUUGCUGACAGGGAGCAUACCGACCGAUCAUUCAAUUCCUUUAAAUCCUUGCUCUUUUCAACCACUUGCUGUUCUUAAUUUUUCCUUUGCUUUGCUUCAUACUAUUUUAGUGUGUUGAAAAAGAAACUUUUGUUCAAGUGACUGUAUAGUCAAGAACUUCUGAUGAGCAAAAGAGAUUUAAAGUCGCGGUUAGAGCAAACGGCAAUCCUGAAUUUUUACCCCGUGACCAACAAGUUUUCCCUUUAACUGUCGUUUACUGUUUAUUUCUUCUGUUUGUAUUGUUUUUAUCUGUUCAUGUUCUGUUCUGAGAAAUUUGCAACUGGAAACUGACGUUUGCCGUAAACGUGACUCUUAAUCUCUGUACUGCAAAUAUACCUAAAAAGAGCUCAAAUUCUUAACUUUUAACAAAUAAAGAAUGCUUGCUCCCCAUGUCUGUGAAGUUCUUUUAACAUGAGUUUGAGAAUUAGUGAAGGCAAAAACGUCUUGAUCAUCAUUUAUUAGUGUUACAAUUUCAUUUUAAGUAAUAUCAAUGAAUUAAUUAAUUGUUUCAUUUUAAAUGCAAUCAGUACCUUUAACUUUUAUGUUUUGUUUAGCGAUAAAGUUCGGAGCAGUUGCCAGAAAAUGAUGAAUAGCUCAUUUAUUUCAUUUACUUAAUUAUAUGUAUCAAUUUGUUGAGUACACAAAUCUUACAAUAUUUGUCUUUAGUAAAUACUUCUAGGAUAAAUGAAGAAUUAGUCUAUUUGCACUAGUCUCUAAAGCAUUUUAAAUAAACGCUAUUAUUAAAAACUGAAUCAUUGGAUAAUGCAAUUCUAGAGCUUUGACUGGCUUAGCCAUCAUGGUAUAUGAGCCAAUGCUCUGCAAAUAUGGUAACUGUACACGUCUGCUCAAAAUUAAAAACAAGCCGAAAAUCGGUUGUUGUUACAAAUAAAGUCGGGAAGAAUUCUCGGUAUUUUGUGGACGUUUUUAAUAAAACAAUUUUUCCACUCGCGCUUGUUGGAUAUGAGAUGAUUAUAGCCAACUCAUAUCCAACGCGCACUCGUGGAAUAAUUGUUAAUUAACAGAGUUUAUUUUUUCAAAAAGAGAACAACGUUUAUCUUAAUACUCUCAAUAACCUCCCGUCAGUUCGGUUCCCGUGGGAACAAAUACAAAAGGUUGUCCUCUAAGAAAAACUUCAGGAUUGAGCUGCAUUGUAAAAGUCUAGGUUCUAAGCUUAUAAAAUCAACGACGCCCGCAUUAAGAUUCUCUUCAAGGUUGACCAAAGGCGAAAAUCUGAAUUCGAGAGGGACGGCGUAAUUGCCUGGUGAAGAUGUGUAUGAAAUAGGAAUGUGUCCUGUUGGCCGCCGAACGCUGGGGUGUAGAGUUUUUCGCUGUUUUUACCCUUCCUCCAUGGUCACCUAUAGAAAAGCCUGAUUAAUCGGGCUAAACCGUAUAAAGAGCCGGUACUGAGUAAUUAUUUUUUAUCAUUCACAAUUUUAAUUGUUAGUAUGCAAGUUUCUUUUGUAAGAGAAAACCAGACUCGUCUACUUAAGCACAACUAAUUACUUACCCAAGAGAAUGCCUCAAUGAAGGGGUCACUGAGUUGAAAAGAAUAUGUGCAGGUACUUCGUCGAUCGCCAGGUAGGGGAGUGUAUUUUGUAUUUUCGUCGACGCGAUUCUGCAGCGGAGAGAAUACUGUUCAUUAACUGAUAAAUAUCGGUUUAAGUUAAAACUUUCUCCCUGUUUGUUCUCUGGAAUUUUCAUUUAAAUGAAAUUUACGGCGCUUUUCAACUAUGUUUCCCAUUAAGUCUCUGAAUAAAGGGUAUUAAGAAUUCUUUUUGUUCGGUUAACUUUUUUUUGUUCGUUUCAUUCUCGUUUUGUGUUCGUAGAGGUUCUUAGUUCUGAAAGGAAAUUCAUUUGUUUGUUAAAGCUCUUGGGUGUUCUUGCUCAAGGGAUUUCCUAAAUGUAUUCAUGUUCUUUGUUUCACUAUUCUGAAAGCGAAAUCCUCGAGGUGGAGCCGAUCCGAUCUGCAAGUUAUGUAGACAUUUGUCAACUCUGUGCUGCUAUAACUAUUUCAAAAGAAAAUGCUGCCCCUGGCUCGACUGCUUCGCUUUUUACAACUCCAGGUAAACCUUUUUGUUUCUUUUCAGGAGAGCUUGUUAAUGUUUUUGCUCUAUCAGCCGGUUCCCCAGAUCGAUAGACUACUUGAAGAGUUUACUCUGGGGAACUUGAGGUAAUUGGGUAUGCGCUGCGAAUAGUAGAUAUCGAGAAAGACGCAUACAAGCCACAUACUGCAAGAACGUUUGACUUGGUCAUUACUUGUAGCUGGACUGUCUUAUUCACUCUUGGUUACAGCUCAUUGCAAGGACUCGUUUGCCUGGCUAAACAUUAGUUCCGCGAAACAGUUUUCCCAGUCAUGCGUGUCUUGUGGCAUUAAAAUCGCUGGAAACCAAUAACAGUCAGUUCGAUGCAUUUUGUUAAACUUGCCUUCUUUUUAGCUUUGAUUCCUUUGCAUGCACUACACCUUGAAAAUCUAACAACUACCAAUCGGAUGCUAAGAAUUCAACCUUCUGUCAGCAUGUUUUCCGACUGGUACACAAGCAGUUAUCUUUCCCAUCAGAACGCGCCUAAUCCAUGAAUGCAGGUAGAAACUUAUUCUCAUCCCUGAAAACCUUAAGUGUGUACCAAAAUACUGCCAGCUUUUGAGGUAUUUCUAAUUCUCUCUCGCCCUCCAGCUCGCAGUAUUCUUUUCAGGAACACCACUGUUCCCUCGAAACCGAAGUUAAACAGUAGAGAAUUUACUUUCCAAGAAUUACUAGAAUGGGUAGAACACAUUGUUAGUUUCUUUUUUCCAAACGACGUGCGUGGAAAUCUGUUACUUACUGAAACAGGAUCUCUACUACUUGCGUGAGUGCAAUUUCUUUGACUAUGUUUUCCUGUCAUUAUACGCUUCCUUCCAGAAAUCCUUAUGUGCGCGCGAGUUUAAAGAUGACAUUCAUAUGCUUAACUGAAUGAUUUGCCAUACUUCAAUCUUUCCAUCAGACAGUCGAAAUCGACUGAAGGAUGUUUCUCACCGAAUACCUGCCUUGCUUAUUUUUAUAUCCUUCGAAGAAGAAUGGUCCAUUUAUUCAAAAAUGCUUCCUUUUUUUCAGUCAUUCCAUAAACUUUUCAGUCUUCGUGUCACCUCAGAUUUCUUCGAAGUCAUGUUUGAAAUGUUUGUAAAUAGGACGAGACGGAGUAGGAAAUUUUAACCACUAUUCUUGACCACUCCUGAAAUACCUUAACAUACCAUAUGCUCUUUGUCACUCCAAAAUUUUGCAUAAGCAUUGUCUUCAGUUAAACCUCUUGGAAAUUAAAAUGGCCCCAAGAGAAACUAAAGACAAUGCUUCUGCAAAAUUUGGGUGACAAACAAAACCUCUUGGAAAUUAAAAUGGCCCCAAGAGAAACUAAAAACAAUGCUUCUGCAAAAUUUGGGUGACAAACAAAGAGCAUUGUGGUAUGUUAUGGUAUUUUCUGGAGUGGUCAAUUAUUCUAAGCUAAAGGGAAAUGAACUUUAAACAGUUCGUUGCACCCUUUGACAAUAAGGACCCCGCAAUCUCCCAGUUUGGCUCACCGUUGUUGUGAUAGCACAAUUCAACAAUGAAAAUGAGAAGAUGUUCUUAUUAGCUCAAGACGAGUUGCUUUGAAAAAUGGUUGUGGACACGAGCAUAAACAUUAUGCAACUUGAACAAAAUAAUCCCAGUGCUGAAUGUUUUAUUAUGCAGACCGGUUACUUGGCCCUGUUUACAAGGAGGGAGGGUAAUCCUAGUGCAAGAGGGUUACUCUACCUGCCUUGUAAACGUUCUGCUAGAGAUAACACGCCUACCCGGGACAACUUUCCUAGUCUUUCCUCCGUCAUGCGUGACCAGUAAUCUUGACGAUUUGAACGGAAUUAUCCAAUUUCUUCACACCUGAACGUCGCGAUCGGACGUGUGUUUUGGAGCUCUGUGUAUUUGUUACAAUUUAUUUCGUUUGUUCGUCGUUUGUUAUGAAAUCUUUUUAAGUUUUUUGGCAUCUGGUGUGUGUGGAGUGGAGUAAUUUGUGGGUAAUUUGGGUCAGUUUAUGCCAUGAAUUUGUGAAGAGUGAUGACCUCGAACAUUAUGGUUUGAACAAAAAAGCUCCCAACACAGUCCAGGAUGCUGCCACCGCUCAAUGAACUUUUGUAUUUUUCCUUCGUGUGCCGGCUCCACGAACUGUUAUUGUCUCUGCUGUUAAUUUAUGUUUUAGUAGAUGUUUAUUACGUACAGUAUAUUCAGUAUAUUGCUAUGUGUUUUGUGCAGCUGGAAAUAAGCUCUUUAAAAUUCAUUAUUUUUAUUGAUGGAGGUUAGUCUAGAUCAAUACAGAGCAGCAAUUGGACCAUUUUAAUCGUUUUAAGUUUACUUCGUGUAGUAUUGUUAUUUUGCUCCCAAUUUUAUUUCUUGUUAUUCUUUUGGUCUUAAUGCUGAGCCUUAGUUUUUUUAUUAUUGAUGUCAGGUUCAGCUCAUCCUAAUCCUGGGCCCAACAGUAUUUUAAACUUUUCAAUCGCUCAUUGAAAUGUUAGAAGCCAGCGAAAUUUCUGUUUUGGCUUGUUUGUAUGGAUUUGAUGUUUUUGUGUUUUCUGAAACGUGGUUGAAUUCUAGCGUAUCUAAUGACUCUAUUCUCAUUCCUGGUUAUAGUUUACCCUUGAGAAAAGAUAGGGUCGGGAAGCGUGGGGGAGGUGUGGCAAUUUAUGCCAAAGAUCACAUUGCAGUUAAAAGACUUGUUGAGUUUGGAUACUCUACUGGUUUAGAACCCCUCUGGGUUCAAUGCAGUGUUAAUGAUUUUGUUUUUCUUUGCGGAGUUUGUUAUCGUCCAUCUAAUCAAUAAGCGAAUGAGGAAAAGGCCUUUUUUGAGUCUUUAGAAAUGAGCUUUGAUAAUUAAAAGUUGCGGCCAAAUCUUCUCAGCUAUUGUUCCACUUGUUCUUUAAGGCGAUUUCAAUGCUCACUUUAAUUAUGGUGACCCUUCAUCGCCAAACACCGAUCUUGGCAUCAGAGUUUUCAACAGACAGAUUUGAAAAGCAACAAUCUAUAUCAACUUGUAGAUAAUCCAACGCGAAUUACUUGGUCUGGUGAGUCCAUUCUUGACCUUAUCUUAUCAGACUCGCCUGGCUUUUUUGUUUCUUCUGGUACUCUCAGUCCGCCAGCCAACUGUGAUCACUGGAUUAUCUAUGCAAAUUUUAUUAUUUUUUUUUUUGUAUCUUGUUAAACACAGUUGAGUCUUUCAUGCCACAUGAGAAAGUGAUUAUUCGACCUCGCGACAAACCAUGGAUGACUGGUCAGAUCCCUAAAGCCGUUCAAAAGCGUGAUCGUCUUUUAAAAACUUAUUCCAAAUCAGUAAAUCACCGGCCUACAUCCUGGGAUUGUUAUCGUGUUCAGAGGAACUUAGUAGUUAGUCUUGUCAGGAAAGCGAAGAUUAAUUAUAAUACAAAGACUAACCAAGCUCUUCUUGAUCCAGCAAUUUCUUCCAAAAAAUGGUGGUGUAUUACAAAAUCUAUAUAUGGUAAUAAGUGUUACUCGGCUAUCCUGGCGUUCUUCGAAGGAGAUUUUUUUAUAUCUGAUCCAAAAGGGAGUAUAUUAGGGCCACUUCUUUCCCUGCUGUAUAUAAAUGACUUCCCCCUUAGUGUAAGCUGUAGCACAGAGCUUUUUGCUGAUGACAGUGUAGUCUAUCGUAAGAUCGCAUCUGUAGAUGAUUGUCUGCCGCUACCCUGCGUAGCAAGCGUUUCCGUUUGGUUUCGGAGCAAAGAAAGACCGUGGAAUGGGAUUCUCGGUUUUGGCCGCGCGAGAAAUGAAACAAGAGCCAAAUCGUUCCUCGUUCUUUGCUCCUAAACCGCACGGAAACGCUUGCUACGCAGGCUAGUCUGCCGCCUCCAGGUGUGACUUGUGGAAGGUCACGCUGAAGUCGGAAAAGUGUAAGGCUCUACAUGUUACCAAGUCCAGUAUGUGAUAAAUGAGAAUGAUCUGUCGGCUGUUGAUAAACAUAAGCACUUGGGUAUUUGGAUUGAACCUUCUUUAAGGUGGGACGCUCAUAUCAAUUACAUCGUUGGUAAGGCAAAUCGAGUAUUGGGUCUAAUAAGGAGAACGUUUGGGUCUAAAGAUCCUGUGCCAAUCAAAACAGCUUUUAUCGCUUUAGUUCGUCCUGUUCUGGAAUAUGCCUGCCCAGUGUGGAAUCCAUAUUUGGUUAAACACGUACACAGUAUUGAAUAAAUUCAGCGUCGUGCUACUCGAUUGAUAUGUGGAUCUCAUAAUUCUUACACUGAAAGGCUCACUGAACUAAACUGGUCAACAUUGGAGCUUAGAAGAAAAUACCUUUGCCUGGUUCAACUUUACAAGAUAAUUCAUGGCUAUUCUGAUAUUGAUUAUACCACAUAUGUGGAUCUGACUGGCCCGAUAAGAACUAGAGGAAACCAUGACUUUAAAAUCAGGCCUAGAGCAGCAAGGACAAACUAUUUUAAAUUUUCAUUUUUUUAAUCGUUACGUUAAUGACUGGAACUCUUUACCAAACUCCGUUAUGUCUGCUUCCAGCUUGAACUCUUUUAAAACUUUAUUACUUAAUUAUCUUUGUAAAUAGUCAUAUGUUUAUUAUUUCCUACUGAAUUUGGAUUUUCUUUUUUAUUUAAUAUCUAAGUAGUUUAUUUAGUUGUUUUUUUUUCUCUUAGUAUCACGUGAUGUAUAGUUAUGUAUUAGUUUUCUAUUCUUAAUUGUUUUAUCUUUUCGUUUUGGAGGGCAGUUUUUAUAUGGGAAUUCAGUUUCCCAAUAUUGCUUUCCUUUACCUAUUGUACUUUUAUAUAUGUAUAUAUAUUUUUAUUUUGUACAUUGGUAAAAAGAAUUAUUAAACUUAAACUUAAACUUAAAAGAAAAAGUUAACGUUUUUAAUGAUUAUUUCGCGAGUCAAGCUACUGUACCAAAUAGUUACUCCGCUGAAAUUCCUUUUCUCCCUCGGUGGUCAUCAGACUGCUUGUCUGUUAUCACUGCGGAUGAAGAAAUGGUUCGUAACCUUAUGUCAUCUGUUAACAUUUCAAAAGCUACUGGCUACCACGGCAUAAGUGAUAAGAUUAUAAUACAUUUCAGUGAGGGUCUCUGUAAACCAUUCACAAGUUUAAUCAACACUUCAUUUCGACUUGGUCAAUAUCCAAGUGCUUGGAAACUUGGAAAUGUUUUGCCGUUAUUAAAAAAAAGAUCACCGUCAACUGAAGACUAAUUAUCGCCCUGGUUCACUUUUGCCAUGUCUAUCUAAGAUCUGUGAGAAAGUAGCUUUUUUUCAUCUUAGAUUUUAGUUUUCUUAAUGCGAUUGGUUUCUUUUAUAAGUUUCAAAGUGGUUUUCUUCCAGGGGAUUCCAAUGUAAUGCAACUUGUAUAUAUAUUGUUCACGAAAUGUAUGAGGCCUUUGAGGAAGGCCGCGAGAUGA